AUGGGUGAUUUGACCUUAAUAUGCCGUGCUAGUGACGGUCUCCCACUAGUAGAGAUGUGGGAAGACCGCCUAACUCCUGAUUCGAUUGACAAAAACUCCAGCGACCCAUCCAAGAUAACGCAAGCUGUUAAAAUUAACGCCCGUACGAUUUGCCGAACACUGCCACAGAAUCCAAUGAAGUGCUCUGUCACAGAAGGAAACAUGUGUUAUCACUAUAUUGUGGAGGAUGGAGUUGCUUACAUGACGGUAACACCAAUAUCCUAUCCCAAAAAGCUUGCGUUCCUCUACCUUGCGGACUUGUGCACUGCUUUUUCAAAAGAACUCUCUGUUCAACUAGGUUCGUCGUCAUUGGCUGAAACUAUCAGCACAAUCGCAAAGCCUUACAGCUUCAUGAGUUUUGAUCGCACAAUUCACAAAAUCAAGGCCAACUUCAAGGACCCAAACUCUAGCAAAGCAUUGAACAUGAUCAACAAUAGCCUUAACGAGGUCACAAAUAUUAUGCGCCGCAACAUAGAUGAGAUAUUACAUCGUGGAGAAAACUUGGAUGACAUCGGCCGUAUGGCAUACGGGCUAAAAGCUGAAACGCUCAAGUUUAAAACAUCGUCAAAGAUCCUUGCACGGCAAGGUCUGCUGGAGAAGUAUAUGGUGUACGUUCUAGUCGCCAUUUUCAUUCUCGUAUGUCUCUAUUUCGCAUUCAGGAGCCCAAAGAAAGCCUACUGA